CUCUGAGUCACUCUCCAAAAGAGAACCAAGCAAGUAUUUGCUAUCCAAAGGUUACUUUUUCUACACCCUUCGCUUUUGCUGAUACUCCAGAUGAGUGUCCAGAAUCCCUCCAAAGGUGAGAUGUUCACAAGUCCUCUCCCCUUCAAUGGAACCAAAAUGCCGGCAAGCCCGGGAACGAAUUGCUCAGAACCCGGGAAAGAUUUCCAACAUGCCUUUUAUGCUGCCACCUACACCCUCAUUUUCAUCCCAGGCCUCCUAACCAACAGCAUCGCCCUGUGGAUGCUCUGCCUCUUCAUCCGAAAGCAAAAUAAAACCAUCAUCUUCCUGCUAAACCUGGCCACCGCGGACUUCAUUCAUGUUCUCUCUUUGCCUCUGCGGAUAUAUUACUACGUCAACUACAGGUGGCCCUUCGGACUCUUCCUCUGCCAGCUUUGCUUCUACUUGAAGUACCUGAACAUGUACGCCAGUAUUUGCUUCCUCACCUGCAUCAGCAUGCAAAGGUACCUCUUCCUGCUCCAUCCCUUCAAGGCCAAAAACUGGAAGAAGGGCUACGAUGUCGCCAUCUCGGCAGCCGUCUGGCUGGUGGCUGGUGUGGCUUGCCUGACCUUCCCAUUGCUGAGAAAGACCCCGGAUUCCGAAGCUUGCUUCUCCGAUCUCAACAUUGAAAAGUUCGAGAAGAAGGAGGCUUUGAUCGGAAUGCUGGUGGCGGCCGAACUGGUUGGGUUCCUCUUCCCUCUGGCCAUCAUUGUCUACUGCACUUCCAAGACCAGAGCUUCCCUGCAGGAAAACCAAAUGCCUUUGCAAAACACCUGCGAGAAACGGAAGGCGCUGAAGAUGGUGUCCAUGUGUGCCGUCGUGUUUUUUGUGUGCUUUGCCCCCUACCACCUCAUGUUUUUCUUCUUCAUGUUGGUAAAAGAGGAUGUGGUGAAGAGCUGCGCUGUAAAACAAGGCAUCUUGUACCUGCACCCCCUUUUCUUAAGCCUUGCCAGCUUCAACUGCUGCUUGGAUCCCUUCUUGUACUUUUUUGUGACGUCGGAAUUCCACGAUCGGUUACCAACCUAUAAGAACUUGUCCUUCAGAAGUCGUUUGUUAAGCAAAGAAAGCGCUGCUUCGAUGAAGGAAUAAAAUUAGCUGGACUUCAAGUCGGGUGAAGGAUUGGAGGAUUUACAAGAGUUGCCCUAAGC